AUGUUCAACACCUUCCGCAAACUCAUGAGCUUCUGGAGUGGUGCUAAUACGAGAGUCUCCGACAGCUCCAAUGACACAUCGACCAAGGCCGCGCCAUCGCCGACCGGUGGCUCGUCGCAAACAUCAGAUAGCAGCACAACGUCCGGUCCAGCAUACCGCGCAGCCUUUAGCUCUGGCGCUCCUCCUACGCAGUACAUGAAGAAGGUGGCACGGACGCCGUCACCUACCAUCACUCCUCAUUCCGCGUUGUCUGGAUAUUUCUUCUCGCGUGUCCAAGCUGGCGCUUCUGGGUCUCACAUCAAUAAUAUUCCGCCACCACAGGUCCACCUGUUUGGCAUCCCAAAUGUCAGCAAUAAUCGCCCCAGCUCCGGCAAUGCUUUUGUCAAGUCUGGAGACAUUGAUAUGUCGGAAGCGAGCAACACGCCCGUGACACCUCCAACGACACCUCUAGGUGAGAACGAUAAUCAGCGCGCAUCAAACAAAUCAGCGCAACACGAUGAGCAAGGUGCACCCGCAGAAGACAGUACCAUAGAAGUGACACCGAAAGAUGCCGUUCGGUCUGCAUUCCUCGACCGUGACGACCGUUCUCAGUUACAGCCAAGGCGCCAACGAGACCGUCAACAGAAGAGCGCUACACCUCAGCCAAAAGCCAACUGGGUGGAUGAGAUUGUAAUUGAAGAAGAUACGCCUGAGAACCAUCUACCGGUCGGCUACCUUGGCACUUUCCGCGGCUCGCGCCACUUUGUGCCGGAAUAUCCUGAUAUGCUACCAUGUAGCUAUAGAUACGACUAUAAGCAUCGUCUCCUAUGUGGUCACUGGGUCGACAGCUCCGAGCCAUGUGGUAGUAACUGUAGGAAGCAAAACCACAGUCAGAAACCAUUCACUUGUCCAACAUGUCGCGACAUUGUUCACGGGAUCCUUACCGGUUCCUUCUCAGUAGUCGAAGCCACUAGGCUCAAGAAGCUAAGGGAGAAGAAGAACGAUAUAGCUUUUGUCGCUUGUUGUGUUGAGCAGGUCACUCGGGCCGCACCUCAGCUUCAGACCGGUGUCACCGAAGCUGUAGUCAGCUUUUUCCUGACAAACUAUGGUCACACAUGCGAGCGAACGGACAACCCGGACCCUGAGGGAAGCGAUUCUAUCGAGGGCAUAGUGCGCGAUAUGCAGGAGCGUUAUGAGCGCAAGCAGCACGAGAGGCUCGCCCGGGAAAACACAUUGAAUACACAUGAGAAGCGCAAGAGCUACGAGGAUGCAACGAACAGGUCUGAGAGUGCGAGCAUGUUCGCGAGCGAUGACACCAGUAUUCGGAAUGAGCAGUCACAGGGCGUUGACGAUGAGAUGCAAGAUAUGUCGUCCGCCAGCAACAAAAAGCAGAAAACCAAGCUAGACACUCAUCGCGACCCCAUCGCACCCAAGACUCGUGGCACAAAGCGCUCAUCUCCAUGUUUCUCCUCUGACGAUAACGCAUCACCCUUCGCCUUCACGCCCGGCAACAAACCCCUGCACGUUCCCACAACGAAAGUCUACACCCCGCCUUCCCCCCAGUUUGGUGAGGCUAGCUUUCUCUCGCCUCCUGCGAGUGUUGUCGGCGCUAUCAUGCGGAAGCGUGGGAACGAUAUGGAUGUGGAUGAUGAGGGCGAUGUUCAGAUGGAGGGUGGGUUUAAAAAGCGUAGGGUUGAGAUUUGGCGGGCUUCCUAG